AGACCAAAACCCCCAAAGAGUUUAAGCAAAUUCAACCUAAAGAAAGUCUGAAAAUGUCCAUCAGAGAAAUCAGCAAAACUACGGAGACUAUCUUGGUCCAAAACGCCAUGUUGUUAAGCCAGAUUGAAACCAUUGGUAGAAAUCUGUCCAACAUGAAGGACUUGGAAAGCACCCGCAAGAAUCUGAAGAAGGACAGGAAAGCUGCUCUUCAGGAAAACAAAGAACUCUCCAAAACUCUGGAGAGUCUGAACACACAAGUUCAAAAACAGAUGAAAAUCCACGAGAAAUGUGACGUGGAAAGACAAAAAACUGCGGAGAUUUCUGAAAACAUCAGUGAAAUCAAAGCAGAAAUGGCCACUCUGAAAUCCAAACUUUGGAUCCCGGAAGAGCUGAAACUAGAGCACGAAAGGGUGAAAAACGAGAGGAAAAACAUGGAAAAGAAAUCUGCACUUCUGAAAAAGGAACUGCAGAAGUUACAGAGGAAAGUGGCCUGCCAACAAUCCCUGGAGAUCGACUAUAAACUAGAGUUUGAUCACUUCUUCACUUUGGAAGAGGAGACCACAGAUCUCAAAGCCAAAGUCAUGAAGCUGCAGACAGAAAUCUUGGAACGAGAGCUAAUGAGAGACGAGUUCCCCACAAUGGUUACAAUGAGAUGCUGUUUGGAGGAACUCAAAAAAGAGUUACAGUCUGAAAUUUCUGAGCUGGAAGAGCGACCGAACGAUGCAGAAGAACUCAGCGUCCUGCAUCAGACACUCGCCGAGCAGCUGCUGGAAACCACAGAAGAAACAGAAAUGCUGCAGAAAAGACGGGACCAAGUCAAAGAGUCUCUUCAGGAAGUGAAAGACAUGGAAGGGAAAUGUCAGGAGAUCCGAGCAGAAACAAACAAAAACAUCCAGAUGAACUCGGAUCUCUCAAAGGAGAUCGAAAAACUGCAAAAUGAAAUCUGUGGUUUUCAUGACGUGAAGGACAGAGUCAUCGCCGCCACAGAGGAAAACCGCAGGAUAAAGGAGGAAACUCUCACUCUGCAGAAUUUAAGCAAAAAUUCACGCAGCGAGAUUCAACAUCUCCAGCAGCAAACUGACAUUCUUCAGCAGGAACUGAAAAAGCUGAAAGAUCAACGUCAGGAAAGAGACCAAAUGAGGGAGAUCUAUUACACCACGUUGAAGGAAUCCCGCCGCAUGGAGAACCAGCAGCUGAUUCUGGAAACGGAGAUCUCCGAUCUGAAAAUUCAGGAAGUUGAAGAUCAGGAAUGGGUUGAGGAGUACAACCAGCAGAAGGGUAAAGCAGAUCUCCUCAAACAGGAAACCCAAGACCUCCAGAAAUCUAAGGAGGAUCUGGCAGAGUUCAACCACCUUCGCUUGAUCCAAGACAAAGACCACACCCCCGUCAGAGCACGCCUCCAGGAGAUCCCAUCAACUCCUUCAAAGGUUGAAGAGAACUCUGAUGAAGAAGAGCUUGUUGAAGACGAGGAGGAACAAGUCUCCAAAGAUGUUCAAGCUCCAGAAAAUUCUGGAUCCUCAUUGAUUGAUGAAGAUGAGAAGAAGGUUGAGAAAAUCCCUUUGGUUGAUAACUUCCUGAUGUCUUCAGAUGACGAGGAGACCCCAAAUUCCGAAGUAGGACCUGACGCCAACAAAGAAAUCCAGAAAAUGAAAAGUUCUGGCCCUUCUGAGGAAAGUCAGGAGGAAGAGAAGGAGGAAGGUGAGAAAGCCACUUUGCUUGAAAACCUCCGGAUGUCUUCGGAUGAGGAGGAGACCCCAAAAUCCGAAGUAGGACCUGACUCCAACAAAGAAAUCCAGAAAAUGAAAAGUUCUGGCCCUUCUGUGGAAAGACAAGAGGAAGAUGAGGAGGAAGAGGAGGAGGAAGAGGAGGAGGAAGGUGAGAAAGUCACUUUGCUUGAAAACCUCCGGAUGUCUUCGGAUGAGGAGGAGACCCCAAAAUCCGAAGAAGAAACCGACUCCUACAAAGAAAUUCUGCACAUGAACAAUACUGGCUCCUCAUUGGCUAAAGAGGCUCAAGAAAAAGAGGAAGUAGCCAAUGAUGAUGAAGAUUGUUCAGAGGAGGAGGAGGGGAAUACCAGUUCCAACGAAGAAAUCCAGGAUAUGAAACAUUCUGAUUCUUCUGAGGAAAGACAAGAGGAAGAGGAGGAGGAAGAGGAGGAGGAAGAGGAGGAGGAAGGGGAGGAACAGGUUGAGAAAAUCCCCUUGGUUGAAGACCUCCUGAUGUCCUCUGAUGAAGAGGAGGAACAUAAGGAGGAAGAUGAGGAGGAACAUAAGGAGGAAGACGGAUUCAAGUUUGAUGAUCUGUCUGACGAAGACUUGAAAAAGCUGGGCUUUAAGUAAGACGGGGGAAGAGUGGUGGCUGAUCCCACCCCCCCACAAAGACACUUAAAGUAGAUUAGAUUAGAUUAGAUCAGAGUAGAUUAGAUUAGAU